CUGCAACUUUGCAUUUGAAAAAUUUUUAUCUAGUUGGAUAUGCAGCUAUAAAUGCGGUUUUUACACCUUUUGGUAUAUCAGGGGUUGUCGGGGGAUUAAGUCGUAAAAAAUCAUUAAUAAAAGCAUUCACCCGAUUUCAGUGGUGGUUGGCUACUUUCAUUCUUAUUGGUUUAAGUGUAUUUAAUGUUAUACUUUCCAGAAAUGAAAAUAAUAAAAAAGACUUCAUUGGCAGAUGUCAAAGAAAUUUCGCGAAAGGUCAACCUGAAACCAACUUUUUAGGUCGAUGCAAAAUUAUAGUUGAAGAUGCUGAACAAGCUACAUUUAUUGCUGCAUGUUCUGAGGGUGGUAUCAUGCUCUUUCUUGGAGUGAUACUAUUAAUAGUUGGCACGCGUGAAUAUAGUUCUAUAAGCUUGGAAGAGGAAACCAAAAAUCUUCUCGAAAAAGCCAAUUUUAACGAGAACGAAGAGAUUGAUGGUAUAGGAGGUGGACGUUCGUCUUCUACUUUACAACGCAAUCUUAGCGAUGCUAGUAAUGGUGGCAAUGUUGAUGGUGUUAAGAACGUUAAUUUUAGGCGUCAACCAUCUAAUAUAACUCAAACUGCAGUCAAUGUAGAUUUAGCACGUCGUCCAACUAAUGCAGAUAAUAUGAGCGCUAUACAACAUUCAGGUUUGAGAAGACAUCCAACAGAACCUAGUUCAAUUCCUUCUUCUCAUGUAGGAAGGAGGAAUAAAGCAGAAUCAAAUUUUAUGUCUCCAUCUUAUACCGGUUUAGCUAGAAAUCAAACAAAUCCUGGAAGUAUCCCAUCAAACAGAUAUAAUGGUUUAACGCGUUAUCCAACCAAUGGUACUAAUGUUUCUGCAAAUAUAAUAAAUGUAACGCGUCAACCAACUAUUGGUAAUGUAUAUGUUUCAGGAAAUUAUGCAGGAGUUCCGCAAACAACAUAUCCUAUUGCUCCGAAACAUUCCCUCUCAAUGAAACGUUACGUGAGUCCGCCACCCCCAUAUGUAGUUCAUCCUCAGCAGCAAAAUAUCGUUCCGAUAUCUGAAGAUUAUCAUGAUGACCCUUAUUACUCCCACACAAAUUCUACAGAACCACAUUUAACAAGGUUGGGAAUGCAUUAA